AAAGAACUGGUGAUUUGGUCCUGUAAAGAUUACAGCCUUGUAAACCCCGUGGGGCAGUUCUACUCUGUCCUAUAUGGUCACUAUGAGUCGACAUCGAUUUGAAGGCACACAACAAAGAAGACAAACUCUUUGGAUUUGAUGAUCAGAUUUUAUGUUUGUGUGUGUGUGUGUGUGUGUGUGUCACAAGACUAAUAGAAUUAUUACUAAUCAUGGACAAAUAACUUUCUUACUUUAUGGGAUUUUUCUUUUUCCUAGUUUCACAUCCCCUCUUUCCUGAAGGAAAUGGCCAAGCAAAACCAUUCCACAGUGACUGAAUUUGUCCUCGAGGGAUUGACAGACAAACCAGAACUGCAGCUGCCCCUCUUCCUCCUGUUCCUAGGGAUCUAUGGGGCCACUGUAGUGGGAAACGCAGGAAUGAUCCUCCUCAUCACUUUCAGUUCCAAGCUCCAAUCUCCCAUGUACUUUUUUCUCAGUAAUUUGUCAUCCAUUGAUCUUUUUUAUUCCUCAGUUGUUACGCCCAAACUCCUGGGAAACUUUGAAUCAGAACAAAGCAUCAUUUCUUAUGCUGGAUGUAUGACUCAGCUUUUUUUCUUUUGUGUUUUUGCUAUUGCUGACAGCUACAUGCUGACUAUCAUGGCUUAUGAUAGAUAUGUAGCUAUAUGUAGCCCACUGCUUUACAAUGUCACCAUGUCCCAAAAGGUCUGCAAUGUGCUGGUGACUGGGGUCUAUAUCAUAGCAUCUUCAGGAUCUAUGGCCCACACUAUCGUUAUGACCAGGCUCUCUUUCUGUGAGGACAAUAUCAUCCACCAUUAUUUCUGUGACAUAAUUCCCCUCCUAAAGCUCUCAUGCUCCAGAGCUUAUAUCAAUGAACUUCUGGUGAUAAUUGUAGGUGGAUUCAAUGCGUUAGCAACAACUGUGCCCAUCAUCAUCUCUUAUGCCUUUAUACUCUCCAACAUCCUUCGAAUACCUUCAGCUGAGGGCAGGUCCAAAGCCUUUGGUACCUGUGGCUCUCAUCUUACAGCUGUUGGGGUUUUUUAUGGAUCCAUCAUAUUCAUGUAUUUUAAGCCAGCAUCCAACAACAUGGCUCAGGAGAAGGUGGCCUCUGUGUUCUACACCACAGUAAUUCCUAUGCUGAAUCCUUUGAUCUACAGCCUUAGGAAUAAGGAUGUAAAAAAUGUGCUGAGCAAAGUCAUGGUUAUGAGGUACGGACCACUCCAGGUUAGUAGUCAGAACCACUAUUGAUCAUUGUAAUAGUACGCUUCUUUCUUUUUCUUAAAACUAGCUUGUAUUUCUGU